AUGGCCACAUGGGCCUCCUCCUCCCUGAAUCCUGUGGCCCAGAUGCCCCCGCUGGAUGCUGAGGGGGUGGGGGCGGCAGAGGGGGAGCAGGAGGGCCCAGGCGAGGGACCCUCGGGCAGGAGGGGCAGGAAGAAGAAGAAGAAAAACUACCACCGGCAUCUCAAGCCCCCUUACACCUAUCUGGCCAUGAUAGCCCUGGUCAUCCAGGCAGCCCCAGAACGGAAGCUCACCUUGUCCCAGGUAAGGAGGAAGAUUUUGAAAGACCCCUCCAAGCCGAAGGCGAAGGGAAACUUCUGGACCGUUGACGUGGACCUCAUCCCGCCAGAAACUCUGAAGCUGCAGAACACAGCCGUCUCCCGUCAAGGGGAGACGGCCUUCGCGGUCGACCUGGGUCCUUUCAUCUACCAUGGCUGGUCUCCGAAAGGCCCCCAGCCGCCCCUCAACGGGCCCGCCCCGGAGGGGAGUGGGUUCCCAAGCGGUGCAGGGGGCCAUCAGAGCAGCCCCUUCAGCAUCGAGGCCUUGCUCCACGACUUCCAGGGCGUGGGUCUGUCGGGGAAAGUGGGGGCCGAGAGUGGGCCGCCACGGAGCCCCACCGCGGCCUCAGAGGUCUGGGGCACAGUCCCCAUCUUCCAGGUCUCCUCGGGCGCCCCAGUCCUCCCCUGGCGGGCCCCGGGCCCUCUGCCCGGGCUCCGCUCCCUCUCGUCCUCCAGCAGCACUGCCUCCCUCAGCUCCUUGUCCGCCAAUGAGGAGCCCAAAAAGGGGGCUGGCACCCCGAUUUUAGCCAAGCGCCCCAGAAUCCUCCACCUGGCUCCUGAGACCAGCGACUCGGACUCCCGGGAGGGCACUCCGCCACCCGCUGCCCCAUUCUGGGAGCAGCUCCCCACUUCCUACACCCCAUGUGUGGCUCCCAAUGUGGUGGUGCCCCCCCAAAGGCAGGCAGUGUCCUUCUCCCCCAACCCAGCCUUCCCCUCUUACAGCCCCCUGCCUUUCCCACACCCAGCCUACUGGGAGCUGAUGCCCCGGCCCUCUCUGAGUCCUCUCUCCUCUUCCGGGGUGGACUUGGGCCUGGAGGACGCCAUGCCACCCAACAAGACGGUCUAUGAUGUCUGGGUGACCAAUCCCAUGGACAUCGUCCCCCCGGCCUUUCCCCAGAUUACGGGUAGGAUCCGCACUUUCUUCCCCUUCUUCAAGGACAACUACCAGGGCUGGAAGGAUUCCAUCCGACACAACCUCUCGGCCAACGACUGCUUCAGGAUGGUGCUGAAGGAUCCGUCCAAGCCUAAAGGGAAAGGCAACUACUGGACGGUAGACGUGGAGCGGAUCCCCCCCGAAGCCCUGAAGCUGCAGAACACGGCCAUCUCUCGCCAAGAGGAAGUGGCUUUCGCCCCCGACCUCACCCCGUUCGUGUUGCAGGGCCUUCCCUACGUGCCUCCCGGUGGGGCUCCGGACCCCCAGGCGCCCCUCCCACCUGAAGCCCUUCCCGUCAAGGAAGAGAAGCCCCCCGAGCCGCCGUGCAGGAAGCCCUUCACCAUCAGCUCUCUGCUGGAGCCGCCACGGGAAGAUGGAAGAAACGCCAAGCCAGGGUCGCCGAGCCCAGACGGGGUUUCCGCCAACUGCGUCCGCCCCCCUCUUGGGGAGGGCGGCCAAGGGGCCCCCUGCCCGCCCGCCAGCCCUCCCCAGCCGCCCCCUGCCUGCUGCACAGACUAUUUCCAGACGCCUCCUUGGCACAAUCAUGGCACUUCGUCCCCGGCUGGGGGUCCCUCCUUGCCCAUGCCAACCUUCCUCACCAUCCCGGCCUCGCUAAGCCUGCCCUGCUGCACUUUGGGGCCUGCUGCCUACGCGAGUCCUCCUUACUGGAGCUUGGUGACGGCCCCCUACCCUCCACCCCCAUAUCCAGGCCUGCCCUCCGUCCCACUGGACGUACAGCAAGCGGGCCGGGUACCAGACGCCUCCUGGCUGGCCCCUCUGCCUUGGGUGGUCCCCUUCCAGCCCCUGCCCCCUCCCCAUAACCCUUUCUGA